AAAACAAAAAUUAGAUAAAAAGAGGGGACACAGAUCCAAACAGAAACCCUAAUCUAAAGAUUCUAAACAAACGUCUCCAUUUCCCUCCCUCAUUCUUCUUUCCAACUUUCCCGCAAACCAAACACUCCCUCAACCGACGCCGCGUGAUCUCGACCAUGGUGGUAAACGGCCGCCCGAUGAAGCGUAUGAAGAUGAGAGUCACAGCCGAUCUCUACGACUUCCUGGCCUUUCCUGCCGCCGGUGACUUCGCCGCGGGCCCGUUUCGCACGACCGUAAAGUCGUUCCUGACGAAGCACGCUCUGCUGCCUCCUCCAGGGUCUCUGUUGCCUCACCUGAUGACGUGGCAGAUCUGGUUCCGAGUCGGAGAGGCGGUUGUCGACGGAGGCGAGUCGUCCCCGGCUGUCGUCUGCCUCGAUGUCGUGGAAGAGGACGUGGCGAGAUCCAGAUCCGUCUACUGUGACCAGUGCCGAGUCGUUGGUUGGAGUGGCAAUCCAGUAUGCACAAAACGAUACCAUUUCAUUAUAAAGGCUGAUGGGAACUCCAUUGGUGGGUAUUACAAGUCAUGUACAAGUUGUGGGGUUGUUCUUCAUUUGUCUGAUUCCAGGUGCAAGUCAUGCAACAAAUUAAUGACAGCUGAUGAUACCGAAGACUGGGUCUAUCAUCAAUUGGACGACACCACUCAUCUUUUGCAUGGUGUUGUCCAUGCAAAUGGUUAUGGGCACCUUCUUAGAGUCAACGGCAGAGAAGGUGGCUCAAGGAUUCUUUCUGGAUGUCAUAUCAUGGACUUUUGGGAUCGACUUUGUAAAAAUCUUGGAGUCAGAAAGGUCAGUGUGAUGGAUGUGUCCAAAAAGCAUGGGUUGGAGUUCCGGCUGCUUCAUGCCAUCACCAAAGGCCAUCCAUGGUAUGGUGAGUGGGGUUAUGAGUUUGGAGCUGGUAGUUUUGCUCUCACGCUUGAUGCCUAUAAAGCGGCAGUUGAAACCCUCUCCACUUUACCCUUGUCCAUCUUUGUUUCUCAAGGAAGGAAACCACGCACUCACUUGCAGGACCUAAUUUCAUACUACCAGUCAUUAUCAGAACGUGAACUUGUACAUGCAAGAGAUCUCUUUUGUUUUUUGAUGAGUUUGAUCCAUGAUGCCCACAAGUCUUCCCCAACAAAGAAUGAUAUCACCUGUAAGAAGCAUCGGUCUUGCACCCCAGGGAUCUUGUGUGCAUGGACUAGAAAUGAUAUCGAACGUGUGGAAGAAGCCAUGUUUAGAGUGCUUAGAGCAGUUACCGGAUCAAACUGGGUCAGUUGGCGUGCUCUAAGGGGUGCAGUUUGCAAAGUGGCUCCUCCAGAGCUUUUGGAUUACUGCCUCAAGGAGCUUGGAGGGAAACUGACGUCUUAUGGUGUGGUUGUUCAGGUCCGCUGCAAUCCUGAUUCAGGUGCUGUUGAGUACAGACUUGAUCCUGGAAGCGUUCCCUCCAAUGGAAUUGCUGCUUGCACCGAUUUUAAUCUUUCUAAUUGCCGAUCAGAGCAACAUCUCCUGCAGGACCUUAGAUUCUUGUAUGAAGCCAUUCUCAAUCCUCAGACCAUGCCAAGCUAUGGGCCUCAGGCAACAAGGGACCUUGCUGUCAGCUCAGCUGCAAAGCUCCUUGACUGCAAGCAGUUUGUGAAAGACUACAGGCCCGAGAAGGGGUUGUCAAUCACAAAUCCAUUUGGAGUUCACCUCUCAUGCCUAGUGGAACUCAUGGAGCUAUCUGAAGAGGGUGAUACAAAACCACCUCCAGAACUAAUUGUUCUAUCUCCAAACGCCACCAUUUCCGACCUCAAGCUUGAAGCAUCAAGGGCUUUUCAGGAUGUAUAUUUGAUGUUCAAAAGAUUCAAAGCUGAAGAGCUGGUCGGCUAUGCUGGGGUAGAUGAGUCUACCCAGCUCAAGCUCUUGUUAGGUUCAAUUGAAACGGUUGAAGUCCGAGGAAGAUGCCUUGGGAAGAAUGGCCUGAGUAGGUUUAGAAUGGAGAGAGGAGUGGAGAGAUGGACAGUUGAUUGCAGUUGCGGAGCGAAGGACGAUGAUGGGGAGAGAAUGUUGGAAUGUGAUGGGUGUGGUGUAUGGCAGCACACUCGGUGCGCUGAGAUUCCAGAUUCUGCUGCAGUCCCUGCAAGGUUCAUUUGCUGGAGAUGUGGAAGCUCAGGCCAAAUGCCCACCCCAGCAAGCGAGCAUUGCAAGGAUGAGACGGGGUCUGGCGGGGUGGGGUGAGCUGAGCAGAGUUUGUUGGGGUCUCCGGGUUCAUGAAAAGCUUAACAACAGGGUCACCGGUAUGCCGCCUGAGAUUUUUGUUACCCUGUAAAUAUGUCUUGAGUUUUGUAAAAAACAACCCUCAAAGAGGAACUUGUACAUACAAAAAGGUAGAGGGUUAAGUGAGCAUCUGGGGACGGUUGUACUGGCUUUUAGGAACUCAAAAAUUCAAAAAUGCAAAAAUGAAGGCUGUUUUUGUGGUGGGAAGAUUUUGUAA